AUGGUUCGUCGGAAAUCAAAAUUAUCUACAUUUCGCUGGUUCUAUAAUGCUAUUGCUUUCAUACUUGGUAUUGUUCCAGAAUUAUCACCAAUUCGUCGUCUACCAACAAAACGCUAUAACCGCAGAAUUAAUAUUACACGGCACAAUAAACAUGCAAAGGCACCUACAAGACGAAAAUGUUUGCAAAUAGACUCAAAUCAAAGCACUAGUGCGAAGACUAAUGAUAUCGGCGGUAGAAUAUCUGAGUUAACAACUAUAUUCAAUAGCAACGGUAAUAAUCGUAAUCUUGAAGAUGUAAUAUGUGACAAUAGAAAUGUUAAUCGAUCAACAGAAGAUGACCAACAGUACAUUUUAUACAUUCAUGUAGAAAGUAAAAAUGAAGCUGAAUCGAUUCAAAAGCUGUUGAUAAAACAUGCAAAACCUUUUAAAGGCAGCCGUAUUAUUAAUUUGCAAGAACUUACACAGUCGCCUACUGCAGGAAUAAAUGUGACUCAUGAAGAUGCUUCGACAAUGACCUAUACUGAGCAUAUGUGUCAUCAGUUAGCAGUGUGUGCUAGUUUUAUGUCACAAACUGAAAAUGUACGUCGACUGAAAGCGUUACAAUAUAUUCGACUAUUUAUUGAAAUGAGUAAAGAAGACUUUUUCAAUUAUCUUAUUAAUGAAGAACAUCUUUGCCAACAGAAAAUAUCGACUAUUUAUCAAAUUAUAAAAGAAUUUCUCACAGCUAUCUAUCAAUCAGAAUAUGAACAGACCAGAAAAAAUGCUGCUAACCGCCUAGAAUGA